UAAUUCUUGGCAUAAAAAUAAAAACGCAUGGAGGUGUCUUUAAAAUCAUUCAUAUAUUUAAGGAUAUUAUUAACAAUUUAACAUACAUUAAAGGACUCACACUUCUGACCGCUGUAGUUACAAUUAUUGUGUUGUUAUUCGUCAAGGAAUUUGUAAAUAAAAAGUUCAAGUCAAGAUUAAGAAUACCAAUUCCGGCUGAAUUACUGGUAGUUAUCUUAGCUGUGGUCAUUUCGGCAACGACUGCCUUACACAGGGAAGUAACAAUUGUAGGACAUAUCUCAGGUGUGAUACCUCAGCCUGCCAUUCCCAAUUUGUCUGGUUGUCAAACGUACUUAUUAGACAGUUUUGUUCUAGCCAUCUUCAUGUAUGCAAACAAUACAACGUUGUCUAGAAUGUUUGCAAAGAAACAUAACUACGUGGUGAAUUACAACCAGGAAUCAUUUGCUCACGGAAUAUGCAAUUUUGUUGGAUCGUUCUUCCAUUGUAUACCUGUAUCUGUUUCUCCUCGGAGGUCAAUGGUAUUGUCAUUAAUGAACACCAAAACUACUUUCGCUGGUAUUUAUAUAAGUUUGUUUAUGCUAGUUAUAACAAUUAUCAGUAGAUUCGUUUUUCAAUAUAUGCCAAUUGUAACACUUUCUGCAAUAAUGAUGGUUGCAAUGAAAGGACUGCUGCUUCAAAUUUUCGAUGUCAGAAAGUACUUUAGAAUCAAUAAAUUUGAGUUGAUUAUAUGGCUUUGUACAUUCGUUGCCUCUCUACUUUUAGACUUUACCUUCGGUAUGUUAGUUGGCAUAGGUGUUUCUUUAUUAACUGUUGUUGUUCAGACACAAUUAGCCAAUGGCUUUAAACUAGAUAGAACGAUUGAAAGCAAAAUAAUGGUGGAACAUAAGAAAUACCAGGGAACAGUGGGAACUAGUGGAAUAAAGAUAUUUAGAUUCCAGUCUAAUUUGUACUAUGCUAACGCAGAAAUAUUUAGAAAUAAACUGUACCGACAAACAGUCAAUCCUCGCAAACUUCUGAAAUACAUUAAAAAGCAAGAGAAUAAAAUACGAAAACAAGUGAAAAAAGCUGAAGGUUUACAAAAAGAUAAACCUGAAACUGUUCAAAACGGACUCUCUGAGGAUGAAAAAAUUAAAAAGACAUCACUUCAAAAUAUUAAAGUUACAGAUCAAAAUUGUGUUACAAUUACUAGUGACAUCCCGGCUAUCUCGGUUGGAUAUGGAAUGAAUAGAAGUAUUAGUACUGUAUCAAGGAACACGUACGGCCAAGAUGGGAUAUCCCGUCAAGAGAGUGAAGCCGUAAGUCUGUCAUCAACUAUUUCAAACCUUACCUUUGAACCGGAAAUGACUGAUCCUGACGACGGCCAGGAGUAUAUCACCGAAAGAAAAUAUGAGAGCAUGCGCAAAGUGCACCAUGUCGUUGUUGAUUUUUCUACAGUCAAUUACAUUGAUCUAACCGGUGCCAAAAUGCUCGGACAAAUAUCAUCAGAAUAUGGAAAUGUGAAUAUUAAACUUUUUCUUUCCAGUUGUUCUCCCGACAUUCAGAAAACCAUGCGACAUGCCGGUGUAUUGGAAACAAUCCCAGCAGACUGUAUAUUCAUUGAUUUGUAUGACGCUAUUGCGAUAGCUAAACAGGCCGUACUUCCAAACUUUUGCCGUAGAAAUGAAAAUGUUAUUGUAUCAGUAGAUGAAAAGUUCUAGACAUGUUUUAAUUAGGACAUUCUUUACCCCACGUCUGUUUACUUAUUACUUAUUACUAACUUUUGUUAAGUUGAUAUAGUGCAUUUAGGUCUUUAUGACUUGUUGUAUAUCUACAUUAAAUUAUUGUAUAAGAAUUGUUUUAAAAUCUUUGACAUAUAAAGGUUGUCAGAUGUAUAUGCAUAAUAAACUUUCAAUUCCCU